ACUAAACGGCCCUUAACCUCUCCGCUAAAAAUAUACAGAUGUCUUCCUCUCAAGCAUCGUCCUAUGUAAAUGAAAACUAUGCUGAUGAGAAAGCUUAUGCUCAAUAUUAUAAAGAGCUACAUACAAAGAUAUCCAAAGAAUCCCCAUUCUAUAUCUUAAUGUCGAGAGGGAUUGAUAGAGAUGUAUCAGACUAUGUUAAAAAAUACAGUGAUCGGUAUAAACCAGCGCCUAGAAUGAGUCAGUCAUUGUUUUUUUUGAGACUGGAGCCAUCAUUUUUUCCAGAAGAGCUUUUUGAUGUAUUUUUGAAAGAAUAUAAGGGUUUAUAUGAGGAAAAAGUUAAAGAACCUGUUGUUUUAGAAUUUCCAGAGGGAUUUGCAAGUAUUUUUGAGGAGGAGAUGAAGGAAUUGCAUGAAAGCGAGUCGGAUAUUGUAGAGGAAAAUGAUCAAGAUGAUGAUUUUGAAGAUGAUGAUAAUAAUGAUUAUGAAGAUAAUUAUUUUGAUCCAGGUGAUGAGGAUUAUGAAGAUGGUUCAUUUUCUAGGGAUAAUGUUGGUGAUUAUUUUUAAAGAUCAAUUUUUAGAAUAUUUUUAAUAAAUAGCAAUUAUUUUGGUU